UGUUUUAACCGAAUAAACUAAAAUGAAUAUUAAUUUAAAAUAAUAGUUAUAUUUUAGAAGAUUAAAAACAAAAAAACGUAAAACCUAACCAAUAUCCAGAUUAAACAGAUUUAUUGUCUUUUUUAUUAAAAAUAACGAAACUAAUAAUCACAUCCCGCGCAAGGCGCGGGUUAUUACCUAGUGCAACUUUUAUAACGAAAGUUGAAACAAAACAGGAAAAUUCUUAUCAAUGAUUAUAAUUGUACUUGCAAUUAUUUGUUUAUGCCCUCGAGUAUCUUUCAUCAUUACAACCUGCUUUCUUUUCCAUAAAAGUCAUGAAUUGGUCAAUAAUAGCUAUCCUUUAAUCAUUCCAUUUUAGUCUCGACCUAGAUUCCUACGAGAGUUUGAAUGCGAAGUAUUUAGAUUCAGAUGAUCAAAUAUGUUGUAACUUGUAUGGUUUUAUCUUUUUGUUAGAUAUACAAACGACGAUGUGUCUCCAAAUCUCCCUAAGCUAGUCUUAGAUGAACAGAAUGUUCCUUCUGAUUUAAUUGUGUAGUCCGGAAUAUUCUGGUACUAAGCGAUUCAAGAAGUUACGUAAUUCAAGUACUAUACAGUGUGCUUAGCCAGAAAGAAAUACAGUAGUCAUUAUAACCGAAAAAGUUAUGUAAUGCUUGGUCACUGUAUUUUUCAUACAUAUCAACAAGAAGAACAUCAAACAUUGAGGUAUUUCAUAUAAUAUAAUACCCAUAAAAUGAGUAUUCCAUACUUUGGGAGUCUUAUCCAGUUUAUAACCUUAAAGAAAAUGAUCACGCUUAAAUGUUUAGUAUUCUAAUGAAAUAAUCAUCUUAAAGCUAUAAAGUUUCUUGAGGAAGCAUGUGAGUGAAUUAUACUUGCUUUCUUGAACAAACCUUAGCUAAUUUCGGCGCACGUUCAUACACCCGUAAUCAAAUUGUAGUUUGAUAUACAGUUUUUUAAGAAAAUCUUUGUUAUAUUGAUAACCAACAAAAAAAUAUUUGUUACAUCAAAAUUAUUGAAUUCCUAACCCAUUUCCUUGUUAUUAUACGUUAUAUGCUCAUUUUAGGCCAGUAUUUUGGAAACUUGAAAAAGCCAAUUUGUUUCAAAGUUACAAUUUGUUUCAAAGUUACAAAAGGAUAAUAGGUUUGUGUACUAUACAUGGAAUUUGGAUAAACCCGUAAAUCUGAUUGUCUGAUUAAAUUGUUACUAUAAGAGAUUGGGCACUAGCAACCCUCUUAUAUAUAUUGGGUGGAUAUCAACAAAUAUAAAUCAUCCAUUUACUAUCAAAAACCAUGAUCCGUAACAGACAUGUAAAGACUCAUACAGUCUGAAUAUACUAUAGGUAACUUCAUAUAAUAUAUGAGAUAAAUUAAUUCUAUCAUGUCAUUAUUUUUGAAUUGGAAGUGUAUAACAUCUGUCACAUAAUAAUUUUGAGUAUUACUGCAAACAAAAGUCACUUUACCAGUUUUACACAUGUCCAAAACAACUUUCAGCCAAAUUCAAGUAUUUUGUUUUGUUGUGAGAAACUUUUGAAAAUGGAAAUGAAAUGAAUGUUGGCUAAGACAACGCGCAAAAGCUAACUCAGAACAUUAAUAGAUCAUUAAUUUUAAAAAGUCCAGCCAAUUUGUUGGUCAAUUCCUGUGUUUGAUUUUUUUUGUUUUUUUAUGUUUGGCGAUUCUUUCCCAAAAUCAAAUGGGAAGAGGAGCAAAUAAUUUACUUAAGCUUCACGCUUUCCAUUUAUUACACUGUCAUUUUGCACUGCAAUUUUACUAUUCCAAUGCCUCUUUCACCACUAUUUCUAUUAUCCACUCAAUAUCUUGAUUUCUUACAUUUUCCAAGUUUUAUAAAAUAAUUAGAAACACUGUAUCUAGACUUCAUAGAUCAAUCAUAUGAGAACUUGAGAUGAUGACUAAACCAUUUAUACAUGUUACUUCCAAAACUCUGUUAAUCGGAUUAAUCUUACAUUCAAGGUGUUCUGAAAACACUUUUCAGUAUUCAUUUAUUUCUCAUUUAAAUUCAGUUAACAUGAAUUGCAACAUUUUGUAGUAUAGAUUACGAUGUGUGACAUCAAUAUGUAGCAAAAACAAAAACGUUAAGCUUCUGAACAAUUAAAAAUAAAUAAAGUCUCCACCAUUUAUUGAUUAGUACUAUAUAGAAAUCUAAUUAGGCUUCAUAUGGUGAACAAUGAUGGUUGCGGGUGGAAUCGUCAAAUAAUUUAAUCCAAAAUUCGUGAAUUCACAUAAUUACGUGAUUUGGCAAACCAUUAUGUUAUCAUGUAGAUUACUAAAUGUAGCUCUGUUUAUGAUCUAAUUCCUUCUCAUUGAUUAUACCCGUUCAAUUAAUUAAUCUGCCGUCAGUAUUCAUAAUGCCUAAGAAAGUAAGAAUAUUGCUUUUAGUCUUACAACUUAAAUAUAUCUCGAAAAACAAAUGUACUAUGUUCGAAAUUUGUAAAGAAAAACGUCAUAGAGAGAAUCUUACAAAGGUCCCACUAGUGAAACUCCCCUUCUAUAAAUUCCAGUUAUUUAGCCUCACACCAAAGAACAUUUCUCCAAAAGUAAAACAUAUCUCACUCUUUUAGUCUCCUCCACACUCUUCGAAGAUAAUGGACUCUCCUCCACUUCCUCGCCACAACCAAACCGACCAUCAGACCAAACAGAUCAUCCUCGUACACGGUCCCAUCAUCAUAGGAGCAGGUCCUUCCGGUCUUGCCACGUCAGCAUGUCUCUCAAACCGUGGAGUCCCUUCUUUGAUCCUAGAACGUUCUGAUUCAAUAGCAUCUCUAUGGAAAACCAAAACCUACGACAGACUCAAGCUCCAUCUCCCAAAACACUUUUGCAGAUUACCGCUCCUGGACUUCCCUGAAAAUUUCCCAAAAUACCCUUCUAAAAACGAGUUCUUGGAUUACCUUGAGUCAUACGCUUCACACUUUGGCAUCGCCCCGAGGUUCAACGAGAACGUUGUAAACGCUGCUUUCGAUACGUCAUCUGGUUUGUGGAGAGUAAAGACUCUAAACAAGACAGAGUAUCUCUCGAAGUGGCUUAUUGUUGCGACCGGUGAGAACGCUGAUGCUUACGUCCCGGAGACUCCGGGGAUAGUGAAGUUUUCCGGUGGUAAAAUUAUUCACGCUAGUGAUUAUAGAAGCGGCGAAGAGUUCAAACAACAGAGAGUUUUAGUCGUGGGAUGUGGAAACUCCGGGAUGGAGAUUAGUUUGGAUCUUGUUCGACAUAACGCUUCUCCUCAUCUUGUUGUCCGUAACACAGUUCAUGUGUUGCCAAGGGAGAUACUUGGGCUAUCAACAUUUGGAGUUGGGAUGACACUUCUCAAGUGUUUACCAUUACGGCUUGUUGAUAAGUUCUUGUUACUGAUGGCUAAUCUUUCGUUUGGAAAUACCGACCGGUUAGGUAUACACCGACCAAAAACCGGUCCGCUUGAGCUAAAAAAUGUCACAGGAAAAAGUCCGGUUCUCGACGUUGGAGCUAUGUCUCUCAUCAGAUCUGGCAAGAUUAAGAUAAUGGAAGGUGUAAAAGAAAUUACAAAAAAUGGAGCAAAGUUUAUGGAUGGUCAAGAAAAGGAGUUUGACUCGAUCAUAUUUGCCACUGGUUACAAAAGCAACGUGCCUACUUGGCUUCAGGGAAGUGAUUUUUUCACGAAGGAAGGGAUGCCAAAAACGCCGUUUCCUAACGGGUGGAGAGGAGGGAAAGGAUUGUACACGGUUGGGUUUACUAGGAGAGGACUCCUUGGAACGGCGUCAGACGCGGUUAAUAUCGCUGGGGAAAUAGCUGACCAGUGGAGAGACGAGAUCAAGGGGCCCAUCAAGAAUAUGUGCAGCUCUCGUUUUGUCCUAAUCUCUAAGUCCUAAUUUAUGUUUUAAAAUAAACAAUUACUACCUAAUUUUGCAUGUUGUAAAUUGAAGAAAUAAAAUUUUACAGAUGUGGUUAAUUAGCCGGAUUAGUUAACAAUGUCUUUUCUUGUCCUUACCAAAAUAAAUGCGUGUUUUCUUGUCACAUAUAUGGUCAUAAGAACUCUUAAUUAAAAGAGUUGUUACCAGCACAUAUAAAUCUAAUUGUUAAUUAUUAGUAACCGAUUAAUGAAAACAGAUUCUUGUAGUCACAUCCUAAAACAUCUAAACUACACCAACACAUCUAAACCUAAUUGAGGUGGCACCGAAUGUGAGAAACGGUAAAAGUCGAUAUAGUGGGAAUUAAAUCUUGUGUAUAUUGAAGUGGUCACAUUUACGUAAGAGAGAUAAAUAGAUAUGUAACGAGGUGUGUAUAUAAAGAGAGAUGCAGACGUAAGGAAGAUGGAAGAAGGUGGGCACUGAUUUGUCACUGAAAUGAUAAUCGAGAUAGAGAGCUGACACUCUUCUGCGACCACCGCAUGGACGAUCUCUUUCAACGAAACUGAUCCAUCUUUCUCUAUCUCUUUGCCGUCACGAGAGAGAACUCACACAUACAUACACGUUUUUUUUAUUAUAAGUGAUAAAUCUCUUUUAGGGCAUCAUUUUAAGCAAUUUUACCCAAAAUACAACUUCAUUCACUCACAUGACUUAAGCAAAUCGUCACUGCAUUCACAUCUGAAUGGAUCAUUGGAGUAAUAACUUUUGUUUUGUUUACGUGUAUAAGUUUUAUAUAGUCAGAGACUCAGGGCUUUAAUAUAUCUUUCUAUUCGAGGAAUGGUUUUUUAAAAAACUAUUGGAGUAAUGGCUGUGCGCAAACUAAUUGCUAGAAGCAGAGUUUAUAUUUAUAUUUGAUACAAAAACAAUGUUUGAUUUUUUUUUCAACAAACAAAGUUUGAAUGAACAUAUCACUUUGAUAAAUUGUAGUGAAAUUAAGCAACGGGAAAAUAUACAGAAAUUAAUUAACUUGUUAUAAUCAAGGUACAAUAUAUAAUAUAUAUAGAUAUACCCCAUUCCAGUUAUCCUUUGCAAUAAACAAACAAACACACUUGAUUUUAGAAUACCUAUUAUCAAAUAAAAACACACACGUUUAUUUAAUUUCCCAAAUUUUGUUCCAUAUCAUACAUAGAAAUAAUUAUAUAUAAUUAUAUCUAAUUACUAGAAAAUUAUGUUUCCAAGUUUUAUAACAUUUUUCUAUAGAAUUUAGCUUAUAUGAUUAAAAUCAGAUUUAUUAAACAUAUAUAUAUAUAUAUAUAUAUAUAUAUAUAUAUAUUCCUUAUUCUAAUUUUGACAUAUAAUAUUUUCUGUUUUAUUUACCUAUUAAAUAAAAGUAUGAAAAUAGUAAUAUCAUAAUAUUAAUAUAUAACUAUAUUUAGUACACAAUAUUUACCAUUAAAAAUAAAAAGUUAUGUUUUAUUUAUUUCGAUGAAAAUGAGAAAAACUAACUAACCUUUUUAAGUUAAAACAAAAUAAAAAAUUAUUAAAAUCAAUGGUUUAAGUAUGAAUAUCAUUUUAAUAAAAUAAUGUAUGUAUAUAUUAUUUAUCUUAUUAUGAAAUUUAUAUAUAAAUAUACUAAUAUAUUUUAAUUAAUUGGGUUCUUCGGUUGGGUCGGUUUAUAUACCAAAUCAUAUUUAUAUAUAGUGGUUUCUUAAAAAUAAUAUUCAUUUGAUUUAUUAGAUACUAUCAAAUUUAAAUUAUUUUAAAUAUUUCAGUUUGGAUUUUAUUUGGUUUGCUUUUACCGGAUUGGAAUCCGCUGCUAACCACCCGGACUUAAAGUACUAAAUUAAAAUUGAAAAUGUAAAAAGCGAAUGCAAGUCAAAUCCUUUACAGAAGAAUUAUGAGUAAAUAAGUCAAAUAACUAAGCAAUUAAUUGAAAACAUUCAACGCUAUUUGAGGGCAUUGAAGUCGAGAAACGUUAUGACACGCAUCCAUGCACACCUUACGUUAACUAUGCUCAGACACUUACGUCACUUUUAUUUUUAUUAUAAUAUGGUUAGGGGCUUACUGACUAUUUUGCAGGCACUGUCAAUUUUCAUGAUGGAUUUGACAUUUAUCUUUGCAUGUUAAGCGUGUCACCGCUCUUUUAAUCCCCUCGCUGCUUCAUUCCUUCCUUCGGGUUUAUGACAUUUUCUUUCAUAUCUGAGUUUAACCGUUUUAAUUUCUAACUACGCUUUGCCAAAAAAGAACAACCAAAAACUUCUGGCUGCGCUUAAGAUUGCUACUAGCAAUGUAAAUUUCUGUGUUUUGUAUGAGCAAAUGAUACUAACUUUUUAUUUUAUUGAUCUCAACAUGUAGUGCCAUUAAAUACUUUAUUAACUUGAUCGUCGUAUUUCUAUAUUUUUAUUGGGAAAUAUCAAAUCUGUGUUCUUGCACGUGUAAGAGAGUCUGUUUUGUUUGAAGAAUUUUGUUUGUAAAAAAUUAAGUUUUAAAAAUUUAAGAAAACAAACUUAAUUUAUUAGUCACAAAAUUCUCUAAACAAAGCAGUAAAUAAAUUAGAAGUAAUUAUAUUGAGGGAACAAUAUUUUUUGCAUAUCAAUUAACAAGGUAUGGGUAUAAAAAUUUAAGAAAACAAACUUAAUUUAUUAGUAACUUGUUAGGUUACACUUAAUUGAUACUCCCUCCGUUUUUUAAUAUAAGUCGUUUUAGAGAAAAAAUUUUGUUCCAAAUUAUAUGUCGUUUUCGGUUUUCUAUGUAAAAUUUAUUAAUAAUUAAUGUUGUAUAACCAAUGGUAAUAUAUCUUCUAUUUUUAUUUCUAUUGGUUGAAUUGUGGUUAGGUAAAUAAUUAAUGAUGUUUUUGUUUAAAAAAUAUAAGAAAUUAAUGGUUUUCUUAAUCUACGUGCAUAGCUGUAAAACGACUUAUAUUAAAAAACGGAGGGAGUAUUGUUUACUAAACUAAACAUGUAAUUCUCUUAUUAGUAACUUUUUAGGUUACACUUAAUUGAUAUUGAUCUUAGUAUUGGUAUUGGUAUUGGUUAGUAACCUAAACAUGUAAUUCUCUUUUUUUUUUGUUUUGUUAAAUGGCAUUAUUUCUUUAGAGCAAUCCUACUUUAGUUGAUUUCAUGACAUUGAUAACUUCAUCCAUUUAAUUUCAAAUUCGCAUGUAUGUCAUGAAUUUAUUGUUGUAUGUAUCGUCAAUUUGUCACACAUAUAUAUUGACACUCCGAUCUAUGUUCUUCUUGUUUCGCUUAUAUCGAAACGCUCAUACAUCUCAAUCGAUUAAUGACUGAAUUUCUAUUGGUAACAAGUACGGGAUAUUGACAAUUAAAUAAGAGAGGGGAAGAGUAAAAUUUCCAACUAUGUUUUAGGGAUUAUCAAAAUGCAUAUACGUAUACAAUUGUCUUAUAUUAUAUGUUUGAUAAGGAUGUAAAUAUGUAAUAGUGAUGUAAGAAUAAGGUAUGGACCACGAGAGGGAAUUAGAAUCGAGAUAAAUACUCAUGAUCCGAGAAACCGUACCUUCCAUAUUGCACUCUUAAGUUGGCAUGCACUUGUACUAAUCAACCCGCUGCACACAUAAGAUGCAGCUGGUAUAAGACCCUUAAAAAUCAAAUAAAAACAAAUCAAAACCAAAUAAAACAAAAAGAAACAAGGUGCAUGGGGAUUUGCCAUGCAAAGAAACAAAUGCACUUCUCUUACUCACGUCUUAUAUGUAGCCAUAUAUGUGAAACUUGAGAAACCGUGCGGGUCAAAAAUUGAAGUUUGUAUUUAUAUGUACAUAUGAUGACAAAAGCAAAGCUUUCAUGAGAAUAGACAUGUCGUGUCCUAUGCUUAAUCUGCGUACUCCAUCCAACUUGACUCUUAGAUUGCUACGCCCAUUUUUUCUUUCUUAGUAUCUUCAACUAUGCCCAUUCCAUUGGGCAGUAAUACUCCAAUCGUGUUUGAAGACUUUCACUUCCGAAUUACCAAUAUUAUUACUAAUUAGUCGUUUUAUGCAUUUUUAUAAUCGGAACUGCUAAGCUUAAACUACUAGAUUUUAGGUAUAUUAUGGUUAUUAGUUAUUAGAAUCAAGCGGUGGUGGUAGUGUGGUAAUCUCUAAAGGUUCGGCGUCGUCAUAAAUUUGAUUUUCAUUAGAAACUAAAUUAUUGUUGUUUGGCUAUCGAAAACUAAUCAAAUUCGGGUCAAACAGUAUGGCACGCUUGCGGAAUACUCUACUAUAUAGUAGUACUAAAUGUGUUUUUUCGGGAUUAACCGGAUAGCCGAUAAGAUUUAACCAAAAAAAUUAUUAGAAAACAUAUGCAUUCUCACAUGUUUUCCCAUGAAUCGUAAAACUGUGUGUGUGUGUGUGUGACCGUUAAUUUGCUAAGUUUAAGCCAAAAACAAGUUGUAAUUCUGCUACGAGACACAAAAAGUGAUCGUAAGUUAGUAACAAACAAUUUUGAAGAUCAGAUACUAAAGAAUAAAGGGAAUAUAUAGUUGCAUACGAGGUUAAUAAGAAAUAAUUAUAUUCAACGUUUCAUCUUCUUUUCUUUUACCUUAUUAAUCUCUCUAAGAUUUACGAUGUACAAGUUUAGUUAAAAUGGCCAAGUACUUAAACUCGAACUCAGAUUUGUGUUGAUGAUAUGCAUCCCCAAAUGGCCAAUCGAACUACGAUACUAGGCACUUGUAUGUUAGAUGGAAAAGAAGUAUCGACCAACAUGAUAUUUCUUUUCUCAUUGCUUGUGUUUAUAUAUAACCAGGACUAUCUGCCAUCUUUUCACCUUAGACUUCCAGGGAACUCAAUAUAUUGUGCUUUGUUUUCUUGAUGGACCAUUUGCUUUUCUUCUCUGUGACCCUUUGAUUCUAUCUUCUUCGUCCUUGUCUCAGUUUCUUUCCUUCUGCUUCACGAGUCCUUGCUGAUGAUUCAUUUUCUCCUGCGCAGAAUCUUCUUCCCAUUAUUAUUCUUUUGCAAGUAUUCUACAACAUCUUGUUCAUAUAUAACUGACUUAUUGAACUCUCGGUACUAGUAUCUUAAUAAUUUGAAAUUGCUUUUAAAUGCAACCUUACAAGACCAUGCCGCUGCUCGUAGUUGCCUCCUUUUGUAAGGCCUUAAUUAUACUUAUAACCAACAAAAGAAUAAUGAAAAGAAGGCCUGGGUCUCGUGGACUCGAGAGCUAAUAUUGGGCUUACAAUCAGACUACUUUCAAAGAUGGGUUAAUAAAUUCCCCCGGCGAACAUAUUUUUAAAUUUAGUCAAUAUUGACUAAGAUAACAAAACAUUGUUAAUUCGAGUUUAUCCAUCCUUCAAGACUAAACAAUCUCAAAUAAAGUAAGAUUAUAUACUCUUAGUUUACUUAAAUAUUUUUUGAUUGACUUGGCUGUACCAAGAUAAGUGAAUUCUCCUCGUAGUCAACUAGUCAUAGUCGCGGUAUGAGUUUCAAUGAUGAAUUGAUUUUUUUUUUUUUGAACAACUCUAUGAUGAUUGAUAAUUGUCCCAAUAUGUGUUUUUACGAUUGGAUAAGAUCGAAGUUAUUUUCUAAUAAUGAAUUCAACAGUAAAGCCAAUGAUUUUUUUUACACUAAGAAGGAUUCACAACUCUAUUUGCUGUAGACUUGUAAUCUUUUGUCUUGGAUUAGUAAAAGCAUCUUCACAUUAGUCAAACAGUUUAAAAUUUUACUAAGCACUUAUUUUACAUUUAUAACUUUAUUACGCUGCUUUCAUAAAUCUUUAGUAAACCACAAUUGUAACUAAAAGUAACCUAAAAAGACUAAUACUCAAUAGUUUAUUUUAAUUUUUUUUACAAAACUAAUAUAUAUAUAUAUAUAUAUAUUUGGAGACUGUUAAAUAUACAAACAAUCUCUUAUAUGUCAUCACAUAUAUAUGAAUAAUAAAGCCCUAAGUUUUUUAUUUGGUAAACAAAUAUAGGUUAACCGGCUUACUCAUUUCUUUAACUAAAACAAAACUUAUUUCAUAAUAACAGGAUUAGGAACUCUCAAUUUAACUCUAUAAUUUUUUUAUUAAAAUUAAGUCAUGAAACUUAUGUGUGAUUUUAUGAAGAUUUCAGUAUCUAUUUUAUUAUAGGAGUUAAUCACAUUAAUAAAACAAAUGCGUUUAGCUGAUAACUUUUUGUUUUUAAAAGAGCUAAUAACACCACAAUAGACUUAACAUUUUACCAAAAAACAAAAAAAAAACACCACAAUAGACGCACAAACGUGUUAUGUUCUAUUCGAUUUAUAUAGGUUACUCUUAAAAUUACAUGAAUCUAAAGUUUAUGAUUCCACAAGAUCUACACCGAAUAAGACAAAUAACAAAA